AUGGGAUUACUUCUGGCUGAUCAGGGAGAGCCACCUAAGUUCCUACAAAUUUACUUUCUCGCUGACUACAACGAGCAGGUUGAUGCGCGUCUCGGCAUUCUGCCUAGCAAUAUUUCCGUCGGUCCCCGUAGAGACAUUCUGUUCCGUCUACAAGAUAUGCUUCACGAAACUAACAGUUACAUCCGAAGCUUAAAGUUUGCGUUGCAAAACAACUCUUCGCCCUCUUUCAGCGUUGUCAUCGAUGCAGACAGACGGACUCACGGUGAGAAUGAGCGUUGCUUCAAUGCUCCUGUAUGUAAUGAAGUCGCCGCAGUCAUCCACGGUGAGAAGCAUAACAGCCAUGACAUUGUCAUAAGGUACCGGGGCGGUGGUCUGCGCCGCAUCAGUGAAACCCACCGUUCAUACGACUGUCUCCAGUACCCCCUUCUUUUUCCAUACGGAAGCGAUGAGUACCACUUCAAAAUCCCAAUAUACCAGGCAAACAGCGAUUCUAUGUCGACCUCAAAGAAGGUCUCCUGUUGGGAGGGUGAAUUUAAUCACUUGCACAGGUGCCAUCAACUUUUUCUUCAAUUGGUUGUUGACAUGGCUGCAAAAAUGGAGUCGGAGAGGUUAGGAUUCAUCAAGUUAAACCAAUCCAAAUUAAGAACCGACUUCUACAUUCACCUUCGUGAUGGUCUGCGUUCUGAUGGUGACCCACGCAAUCUCGACAAAACGUGCAUUUGCCUUCCUCUUACACUGGUGGCCCUCGAUACAUGA